AGAGUGGGCAUGGAGACUGCCAUUUGCGGUCGAGUCGCUCUUUCUCCCAAUCAAGUUUUCCACCCUAAACCAGGUGAUAAAUACUCUCUUCAUAAACAAUGCAUGAACCGGAGCAUUUUUAUGACAUUAUCAGCCGCGGCAUCUGGGAAAGGUGGCGGCAUUUUGGAGAAGCCAACCAUAGAGAAAACAACACCUGGUCGUGAAUCUGAGUUUGAUUUGAGGAAAUCAAGGAAAAUGGCCCCUCCAUAUCGGGUGUUGCUGCACAAUGACAACUACAACAAGAGGGAGUAUGUUGUUCAAGUGCUUAUGAAGGUCAUACCAGGGAUGACCCUUGACAACGCAGUUAAUAUCAUGCAAGAGGCACAUUACAAUGGCCUGUCGGUUGCGAUCAUCUGUGCUCAAGUGGAUGCAGAAGAGCACUGCAUGCAGCUGAGAGGCAAUGGCCUUCUGAGCUCCAUAGAACCUGCAAGUGGAGGUUGUUGAGGCACUCCAGCAAAAUUUGCAUGCCUUUGGUAAAGUUAAACCUAUAUCAUCUUAUGUAUUAGGAUUCCGAAUAUAUGUACAUAUGUUGAAAAACGUGUCGGUGAUUUUGCCUGUAUGAUGUUUGUGGAAUCAAAACAAGAAUGCAAGAGUCCUGAAAAAACGUACUUCUCUUUCUUUGAUGUGAUCAUGGGAUAUUCUCCUUUUUAAUGGAUGAAUCAUACAAAAAUUAAGUUCCA